GUCUAUCCAGCAUUAAUCGAUCACACGCACAUGUGCGGAUUUCACUGAUGUUAUUACUUUCUCACGAGUGAAUUAUUAACUGAGCUGCUGCAAUGUUCACAGGAGUCUGUUGUUUAAUGUGUGUAUUUGCAGUCUGAGUGGAUUUGAGCAGUGCAGAUUCAUUAUGGCAGCUCUGCGUGCAGCAAAACAAGCUUUGAGGAGAGAAAUCAAGGGUCGAGUGGCUGCAGUGAGCGAUCAGGAGAAGCUAAGACAGUCUCGAGUUGUCUCACAAAAGUUGUUCAAGCAUCCCAAAUACCUGUCCAGCCAGCGUGUCGCUGUCUUCCUGAACAUGCAUGAUGAGGUGCGGACAGACGACAUCCUGCAGGACAUCUUCAAGAGGGGGAAACUCUGCUUCAUUCCCAGAUACUUUACCAAGAGCAGUCAUAUGGACAUGUUACGACUCAAGGACAUGGAGGACAUGAAGACGCUGCCCCUGACGUCCUGGAACAUCCAGCAACCAGCAGACAAUGACAACGACAGAGAGGAAGCCCUGGCCACAGGAGGACUAGAUCUUAUCCUCAUGCCUGGUUUGGGAUUUGAUAAGAAGGGGAAUCGGCUUGGCAGAGGAAAGGGUUUCUACGACACGUAUCUGGAGCGCUGCAGGACGCACCCGAAGGGAAAGCCGUACACCAUCGCCUUGGCUUUCAAAGAGCAGCUGUGUGCUGAAGUCCCAGUGGGUGAACAUGAUAUUCUUAUUGAUGAAGUCCUCUACGAAGACGAGGAAUGAACUGACGCAGUCAGACCUUGAUUUCAGCGCUGCUGAAAGUCAUUUGAAUUCAAAUGAUUCCUGCGGCAUUGAUCUCGUUUCUGAAUUAAAUGCAUUAAAUCUCUUUGGAUGCAAUCCAUAUUCUCAAAUCAAAUAAUAUCUGGAGACUCCUUUCAGAGAAAGAGUUUCUGUAUCAGCAUAAGAAUUACCAAAUGCUCACUACCAAAAGUCUAUGCAGUCUGUCCUGACAUUAAAGGAACAGUUCACUCAAAAAUGACAAUUUGGUCUUUUUUUUUUUAGUCACUCAUGCUGUUUUAAAUCUGUAUGGCAUUAUUUUUAUCUGUGAAACACAAGGGGAUUUUUGAAGAAUAUUCAUACGGUUCAUUUUCAUAGAGGAACAAUUCAUUGUGAUGAUGUCUGUCACCAUUAAAGCGCUCUGUAUUGUUUGUG